AUGUCCUCCGAUGAGAUGCUUGGUGGACAAAGGGCACUUCGGAGAACAAAAAAACCGCAGGAACUUAGCAUCUUCAAAGAUAUCCACAAAGAAACAAACAGAAAAUCCAAGAAACAUCCACCACUCAAAUACCAUCAGCUGUCAACUAGCAAGCUACAACAUCCUCUUAUAAGGUGCCAGCAUCAGGAGGAGAGGACUGAUUAA